GGAAAUAGAAAAAGGAAGAAACAAAAUCUAACAAACAAAAACAACUACAGCACAGAAGAAAGGGAUUACUGCCUGUCCAACCUUUUUUUAGUUGGUGGGUUUUGCGGUUUCCGACCACUGACCCAACACCCAGAACUUCUCCUUGUUUGUCGUUCAUAUUCCUCAUCAGGACCAGCUGAGCUCUGUAUCGUACCCGGAUCUUGUCUUGUUUUGAUCCAGCUGAAUUGCUGUUAAUUUGUGAAAGGAAAAAGAAGAGGGAAAUAUUCUUAGCCUUUUACUUUUAAGUGGAAGAGCUGAGAAGACAGCAGCAUCUGGGGUGUGGAUUCAAUACUCAAAGUUGUCGCUGAUCUUUGGGUUUGAAGUGGUUUUGUGCAACAGCUUUCCGAUUUUAAGAAAAAAAUUGUCAUCUUUCCCUCAUCGAUUUCAGGAAAGGGGUCAUUUUCUUUUGAGGAGGUAAAGAAUUGUAGAGAAGAGUUUCCUUCUUGGCUGAUUCGUCAGACUUCAGGUUCUGUUUGAACUCUGGAUUAAAAUGGUUCACUACCUAAGGGAUUUAUCUUCAGAAGCUGUUCAAUUUUUCCUUCCAGAUGAGAAAGGGAGUAUCCCCUGAUUUGGAGAAACUGGAGAGCAAAGAAACAAUACCGGUUUUCAGAUGCUAAGAGACUUAUAGGGUGGGCUAGAAGUUUUACCGCUUGAACUAGUAUAUAAUCGGUUUAUACAUUUGAAGGAGCUUUAGGGAAGAGAAGAAGAAUAGACAGAUUUUCUCUUUGUUGAUGGAGUGUAAUCUGCUUUGAAAGAGCUUCGGACACAGAAAAUAGUAGGUUUGAGAGCUCAACAGUAGGAGUGUCUGUUUCCAUAUCUCAAUCAUGAUCAAGCAGAUACUUGGUAGGCUCCCUCGGAAGCCAAAGCCAGUCGAAAAUCGUGACUCAGGGGGAACCACUGCUGCUUCUUCAAGUGCUUCUACUAGCUCAAGAAGCAAUGAUCUAAUCAGUAAUCGGGCUGGGAACCCAAGCAUAUCUCUUCCACCCCCUAAUUUUGCUCCAGUUUCAGGAUUAAAUUAUGGCAAUAAGGUAUCUCAAGUCCUGAAUUCAAAGUUAAAUGGAAACUCAGCUAUUUCUUCUUAUGAGGCAUUACCUGGUUUUAGAGACGUGCCCAGCUCUGAGAAGCAAAACUUGUUUAUCAAAAAGCUGAAUUUGUGUUGUGUUGUGUUUGACUUCACUGACCCGACGAAGAACCUGAAAGAAAAGGAUACCAAAAAGCAGACAUUGCUAGAGCUAGUGGAUUAUGUUACUUCAGCAAAUGGAAAAUUCACAGAAACUGUCAUGCAGGAAAUCAUAAAAAUGGUAUCUUCAAAUUUGUUUAGGGCACUCACUUCUCCACCUCGUGAGAACAAGGCUUUAGAAUCCUUUGAUUUGGAUGAGGAAGAGCCUUUAAUGGACCCUGCAUGGCCUCACUUGCAAAUUGUAUAUGAAUUCCUCCUAAGGUUUGUUGCAUCACCUGAGACUGAUGCAAAGUUGGCUAAGAGAUACAUCGAUCAUUCUUUUGUUCUCAGGUUGCUGGAUCUCUUUGACUCUGAAGAUCCCAGAGAAAGAGAGUAUUUAAAAACAAUCCUACACCGCAUCUAUGGUAAAUUUAUGGUACAUCGCCCUUUCAUCAGGAAGGCCAUCAAUAACAUCUUCUACACUUUUAUUUUUGAAACUGAGAAACAUAAUGGAAUUGCUGAACUUCUGGAGAUUUUGGGAAGCAUAAUCAAUGGAUUUGCUCUACCACUGAAAGAAGAACACAAACUGUUCCUUGUCCGUGCACUGAUUCCCCUUCACAAACCAAAAUGCAUACCCAUGUACCAUCAGCAAUUAUCAUACUGCAUUACACAAUUUGUAGAGAAAGACUGCAAGCUUGCCGACACUGUUAUAAGGGGUUUAUUAAAGUAUUGGCCGAUUACAAAUAGUUCAAAAGAGGUUAUGUUCUUAGGUGAGCUGGAGGAAGUUUUAGAAGCAACUCAGCCUCCAGAAUUUCAACGCUGUAUGGUGCCCUUGUUCUGCCAGAUCUCUCGUUGCUUGAGCAGUUCACAUUUUCAGGUGGCAGAAAGGGCUUUGUUCUUGUGGAAUAAUGAUCACAUUGAGAACCUGAUCAAACAAAAUCGCAAAGUUAUACUGCCCAUCAUCUUCCCUGCCUUGGAAAGAAAUGCUAGAAACCACUGGAACCAGGCAGUUCAGAGCUUGACAUUAAAUGUCCGCAAGAUCUUCUCUGAUCUUGAUCCGGAGCUGUUCGAGGAGUGCCUUCUCAAGUUUCAGGAUGAUGAAACAAAAGAAAAAGAUCUCAAAGCAAAACGAGAAUCAACAUGGAAACGUUUGGAAGAGAUUGCUGCAUCAAAAGCUGCAAGCAAUGAAGCUGUGCUUGUUGGCCGUGUGACACCUCCUCAUGCAUCUUUGGGGUAGAUAGAGAGAGAGUUCCACCACUCUAAAUUUUCAAAUGGAUGUUGAAUCAGGAAAUGGGUAAAAAUGCUUCAAGAGGUGGAAUGCCCAAUGCCGUUAUUCAUUCUUUUAGUUGCUCACCCCUGUUCUGAUUGUUUUGGGUUGUCAGGUCCCAUAGAACCAAGAACUCCACUGUACAGGGAACAUACUGGCCCCAGCUUGUGGUUUUUAGGCGGGGACUGUAUAUAUGUGAACAAACCACACAGGAAACUGCUUUUCAGUCAUAAAGUGAAUCGGCUGGUAUCUGUGUACUUUCUAUAGUCAAUUCUGAAGGGUGGCAUAGAGGGGCUUCAAGUGACAGGUAUUUUUAUUUACCUAGCAUUACAUACUUGGCUUCAAUUGGUUCCUGAGUGUUGAUGAAUACUCAAUCUUCAUUUAUUUAAAUGUAUUGCCCUUGCAUUUUUUUGGUUGCUUUAUGAAUGGAACCGUUGCUUGGCAUGGAAUUCAACAUCCUUAUAAAUCCAAGUCAGUUCAAAUA